GUUCCGAAAGUGAAGAGUUUACAAUUUCAAUUGUUGCUCUUGUUAACUGUGUUAUUUUAAAUGACACGAAACCUAACGUACUUUGCCGAAGUUAUAGACGAAUAUGAUUGGUAUAUGACUGAUUUUACAGCAAUAUAUAAAUGCUGGACUAACACUUUGGGAGAUAUGUUCAUCUGAAGCUAUCCUAUUUUAUAUGAUGUUAUAUAUUUAUUAUAUUAUGUACUUAGUAUGCAGGAACAUAUGUGACGCUGUUGGGAAUAUUGUGUGCAUUUAAAAUAUGAUACUUAAACAUCCGAGGUGAAGAACGCGUUCAAUAAAUCGACACUGAGUGCUCUUGGAUUAUACACUUUAAGUUGGCCGUGGACUUGUUUUCUACGAACAUUUAUUAUUUAACAUGGCAGAUCAUAUCACAAUUGUUGGGAGUUACUACGAAGUUGGUACAAAACUGGGGAAGAAAACAGAAUCAUCCGUAAAGAAAAUUCUCAACGACUUCAAAAGUUCUGAACUAUUUAAGAAAAUAGAUGAAUACACAAAUACACCAGAGGGCGCACAGGUGCUGAAGUUAUUCAAGGAAACUGUAUUGACGUACUGUAGAGAUUAUCUAGAGGAAUUGAAGGGAGUGGCGAAUGGUGCUGGAGUUGACUAUAACGAUCUUUUUCUACUAAAUUGUGAGUGCGAAUUUGCGGCUAUAUUUGGAGACAUUCCUGAUGGCAGUCAUGGUGUACAGUAUGCUUCCUUUUAUGAUGGAUGUACAAACAUUUCUAUAACAACAGAUGAAAACAAGGUAUAUUUGGCUCAUACAGAAGACAUUGUUCCCAUAGCUAAAGAUCUUGGAAUAAUGUUGACAGUUGAAAUAAAAGGAGAAAAUGGAAGUAUUCUAGAAAACUGGACAGAUUACUAUAUACCUGGAGUUAUAAGUGGAGGCAAGUUUCAUUUCAAUAGAUACGGUGUUAUGGUGGGCGCUAACAACAUUUAUCAGAAGGGACUCAACAAGAAUGGGAUCCCUAGAAGGUUCAUGUGUCGAUCAUUAAUGGAUAUUCAAGAUCCCUCACAAGCUGUACAAAUAUUACAACGGAAACCAGGUAUCUCAACGGCGUAUUGCUUCCAUUAUGUUCAACAAACCGGAAAUGACGUAGUCAAUACUGUAAUCGAGGUCGCGGGGACUUCGAAUGGUACUAUGGUUGCCGUAUAUAAACCACCCGAGUAUUAUCAUCAUUGCAACAUGUUUCAACAUCUAAAACUUGAAUGUCACCCGGAGGAGAGCUCAAUUCAUCGUGCGGCGAUUAUUUCACAAUAUGUGAAUAGAGGGCAAACACGCUCAAAGCGGGAUUUGCUUGAUGCCGUAUCAAAUCGUCAGGACAAGAAAUUUCCGGUAUAUCGAAACGGAAAACAUCCCGACUAUCUUGCUACUGGAGCAACAGGAAUUUUCGAUGUAUCAGCAAAGACGAUGGAAGUGUACACGAAUUUUUCUGAAAAGUCGCAGCCAAAACAUCUGUUUAAUGUACCAUAAAUAAAGGAUUUUGAUAUUAUCAUAAAUACCGUUUAUGCUUAAAGUUCAUUUCAGGAAAACGUUUUAUAUACAGUACUUAUUUUAUUCACAACGAUUUACAGCAUCAGCGUAUUUUAUUUACUUUAAGAAGGAACACGGCAUUAUAUGUGAUUAUGUGUCGUUUAAUAAACAUGUCGGGUACUGUCGUAAAUACAAUAUACACUGAUAUAUAGGAAAUGUAAUCAACAGUUUUAUAGGGACUUCACUGGGUAUUUUUUUACAUGACGGGACCGGAAUUUUUUUUCUUAUCAUUUAAUGAAAAUCUUUACUAACACUUGUGUGAUCUAUACUAUCACUUGUGUGCAAAAUUUCAUAUCAUUCGCUCUUUGUUUUUUCCAGAAUAAUCAUUUUUGUUGUGCAAAAUGACUUAAAAAUGUAAAGCGUUGUAACGCUUUUUACUUAAACAAGGACCAAGAAUCGCACUUAUUAUCAAUUUUCAAUUUAAUUUUCAGUAUAUUUUAUUAUUAUCGUUUUAAUAUAUUUUUUUCCGUUUUAAGUGCUCCAGUUGAUGUACGUAAGAUUUUCAAAUUUAAUGUAUUUUAUGUUUGUGUAUACCUUAAUGGUGCUUCUGAAACGACAAUACUGUACAUUGUAUCAUUUAAAAUUUUAGAAUUGUAAGCA